AUUACGCGUUUUAAAGAGCAGAAUUCUGUCGCGGUGUCACCCGCAGCAUCUCAUUUUCAUGACUGGCCCUGUGUAUGACAGAGCUCAGAAGUUCGUGCUGUGGCUCGGGUUCUUCUCGUCAAGCACGUGUUGCUUCUUGGGCUUUCCUUGCGUACAGGACGACCCAGUGCCAGCUGCGGCGUUCAGAUGCACCUGCAUGGGCUAUUUCAUGUCGAACUUGAUUCCCUACAUGCUUGGACCCUCAGGGUUCAGCUCGUUGGUCCUGCGCAUUGGAUUGGUGAUCAAUUCAUUGGCCUCGUGUUUGGUCUCCAGAUAUUGGUGCGUGGGCUUCGGUGAGUGGUUUAUUCUGAUGCUCCUUGAGCACCUCUUUCAGAUUUUUGCCUCGAUGGUCCUGGUGGGCACCCAUGUGGAACGUCACUUUGCGUUCACGAGCGUGAUCUCCUUCAUGUUGCGCCCCGAGCACACCAGCGUGACGAUGGUGGAUGCCAAACCUUGGGCCAUGGCCACCGUGACGACAGUGGUAUUGCUGGUGCUGGGCAUUUGGUGGAGUGGACAUGAGAGUAUUGAUUUUCUGAAACGAAAGAUGGAGGCCAUGAGAUCCAUCAUGAGCAUGUCCGUGGAGGAGUUCGAGAGCAAGCAACACAUCUUUCCAUCGGAUCCGGACAACGUGCCCACGACUUCGAAAGAGGACCUGGAUAAUUGGAAGGCGAUUGGCCGAUUGGAGGAGUCACAGUGCAUUGGUCAAGGAUCCUUCGGCAAAGUCUACUAUUGCAAGUGGAAUGGUGGAGAGGCUGCUGCCAGGGUCAUGACUUGGCAUGGGAGCAAACUGAAAAGAGUGGAUCCACAUCAAGAGGCGGAGCUUUGCAAGCGGCUGAUUCAUCCCAACCUUGUGCAGACCUACACUUUCUCCAGCCGUGAGCAUGGAGGUCUAUCGCAAUUGGUGAUUGUUCAGGAGUGGUGCGACCUUGGGACCUUCUCCAAAUACUGCUCGACCAAGCCCUAUGAACAGAAAGGAGUGACGCACGUGAAGAAGAUGCUCUCGGACACCUGUAAGGGGACGGCCUACCUGCAUUCCUGCGAUGUGAUCCAUGGCGAUUUAACCUCCAACAACGUCUUGUUGAAGUCCAAAGCCAAGGAGAAGGACUCAGACAUGGGCUUUGUCUGCAAGGUGUGCGACUUCGGACUGGCGCCUGGAAGCAGAGGAGACUGGAGUGGAUGGUCGAGGUCGAGUCAGGAUGAGUCAGGCUCGAGUUCUUGAGGAAGGCAUGACAGAGCUCUUAACUUCUCAGCUGGGGACAGUGUCCCACAUGCCACCGGAGCUCUUCCAGCUGGAAGACAAACGGUUGAGCAAGAAAGCGGACAUCUAUGCGAUUGGCAUGUUGAUUUAUGAAGUGGUGACGGGAGAGGUUCCAUACAAAGGCAUGAUGGCUCCUAUGAUCAUCCUGAAAGUGGCUCGGGGCCAACGUGUCUCCCUUCCAGACAACGUCGAUCCGACUAUCCGCGACGUCUUCCAGAGAUGUACAGAUCCAAAGCCCUCUGAAAGACCUUCAGCUGACACCGUAGUCGAUCUGUUAAGGUGGAAAUGACAUCCACGACACAAAUUACGCGGUGGUGCUUCCACCUGGCUCUUCAAAGUGACCGAACAAACCUGCUGGUUUUGCAGGGC